AUGCUGAAAUGUGAUGCUUGUUAUAAAGCUGGUAUCCUACUAAGGAAACAAUACAACCCUCACAUGGGUAACGAUAUUAACGAGAUAGUAAACAUUCAUAAUAUUAAAAACAUGACAGUUCAGCAUUACAACAGCCGAGAUGACAAUUCAGAGUUCAGAGUGGAAGAACAGGGGAAUACAAUACAGUUUCCAAAUGCAAUAUUUAUUGAAAAACUCCGAGAGUUGGCAAAUUUGUUAAAAAAGGAUGCAGUACACAAAUGCGACUAUUGUAUGUUUGAAAAUCAGACUUCUGAAGCCCUGUGCAGGUAA